UCCACGCCGGCGAUAGCCGAUUCCGCUGGGCUGGGCCGUGCUGGGUGUUGUUGCCGUGCCGUGCCGUGCUCUGCGGCGGGGCGGAAGAGGAGGCAGAGCCGGGACCGCCCGGUGCGGAGCGGACCCCGGGAGCCGAAGCGGGCGAGGUGCCUCCGGCGGCUCCCCACUCGGCGAGAGAAUGGUCUCCCUCUUUUUAUUAACUAUGUCCGGAGCUGGAUUUGUACCGUCUGUGCGUGGCGGCUGAGGCGGGGUCUGCCGUUCCCCUCAGCCGCUCCCGGCGGGACCGGCGCUAGCCCGAGACGGGUCGGGACAGGACGGGCGGAAUCCCAGAAUUUUGGCACGGCUUGUCCUACUGAACCUGGCAAGUGUCAAUGAUGGCAAGACUCCCAAAUGCUGCACUGCAUAUCUCAUGGAUCCUUUUCUUUUUAUAUACAACAAAUGAAGUUACGGCUGCAGGACGUGUACAGGAGUUUGCAUGCUUCACUGACUACGACACAGAGCUGGUCUGUCACUGGAAGGUGCCCGCACAAACAAAUUGCUCCAAAGAAUUCCUGCUGUACUACACGAAUGCAUUACUUCCUCAGGCAAAUAAUAUGUGUGUCCCUGAGAAUGGAAAAGACAGUUUAAGGUGCACUUGCACAAUAUAUCCGGGUUAUUUUGUAGCAGCCCUCACGUAUAUUCUAACUCUACAGUUCAAUGGGACUGAUAUGUGGAAUACCAGUGUUACACCAGCCCUGGUUGUUAAGCCAAGGGCCCCCAAAAAUCUUGCCAUUGAGAAAAUUGAAAAUGGUAAUUUCAAUCUGAGCUGGGAGGAGAGUUAUUCUUCUCAAUCCACGCUCUCUGGACAGCCGGUCAUCUAUGAAGUGAAAUACUGGAGGAAGCAGCACCCGACAGAGGUUUCUGUAAAAGCAAUUAACUACCAAGCAAAAAGCUUUGAAAUCACUGCAAGCUCCUUGAGGAGAGGCUAUGAUUACGUUGCGAGUGUAAGGUGUAACUAUACAGAAUACCCGGCCUACUGGAGCGAAUGGAGUGAAGAAGUUGAAUUUCACUAUGAUUACCAAGUAACAGCUGAGGACAUUCUGCAGAUGGCUGUUCCCGUAUCCUGCAUACUGAUCAUGGCAGUAUCUGUAAUUUGUUACUUCUGUUUUACCAAAGUGAAGAAAGAAUGGUGGGAUCAAAUCCCAAAUCCAGCAAAGAGCCAUUUGGUCAUGAAAAAUGUGAAGUUUUCAGUUAUGUGCUACAUUGAUGAAAUUAAGUUCCCUUUCCAUGACUUAAAGCAGAGUCAUAUGGAAAACCAAAUAAGUUGCAAGAACUGUCUGUCUCAAAGUUUGUCAAGCCAAAACUUCAAGGGAAAAGAUAACAUCAGAAAUGUUGAGAAAUCUUGCAGUUGCUACAGCAAGUCUGGAGAGUGGUUUCCAAAAGGCAGCAGUGCAGUUUUAACCCCCGAGACAAUUCUGGUUGAAGAGUCUAUAGAAAUCUGUGAAUGUUUAACAGACACUGAGACGGAGAGCCAGGAAGAGACUAGUGACCAGAUCACCUUGUUUGAACCUUGUGAGAGCAGUGUCAGUGCUUUCAGGGAGCACACUGAACACAACGAUGCACUAGCUAGCAUGUUUCUUGAGCUCCUGGCAGAUGAGAACAACAUUCAAGACAAUAAAGUCCCAGACAUCAUUACAGGUGAGAAUAAAAUCAUGGAGAAACUUGAGUCAGAAAAACUAUCACAGCGAAACUCAAAAGAAAGCACAGCCUGGAGUCAGCAGCCAUGUGAUAUUUCUCAAACAGUCUCCCUUUUCACCAAAGCCUCCCAAGAUGACUACAAUUGUAGUACAGCCAGCAAGAAGUCAGAACAAUCAGAAGAAUCCUUUGAAUCUGGCUAUCAGAGCGCCAGUGUAAAUUCUGCUUCUCUGGAUGGAAGUGAUCUUCAACAUAGGGUUCAUGAAAGCCUUUUUCCAUGCAGUUCUGAAAGUCAGCGUGAUUCAUGCGUCCUGAUCCAGGAAUCUCCAGAUAAACUCUCCUUUGGGACCAAAAAUGACAGAAUAAGCGACUCUACACACAAGAGUUUUGAUACCCUUGUGUCUCCAUCCAUGGAGCCCUGUGGUUCUGCCUACAAGAGCUUCAACAGCCUUAUGUCUCCAUCCAUGGAGCCUUGUGGUUCUGCCUACAAGAGCUUCAACAGCCUUAUCUCUCCCCCUGUGGAGCCCUGUGGUUCUGCCUACAAAAGUUUUGACACCCUUACCUCUUCAUCCGUGGAGCCCUGUGGUUCUGCCUACAAGAGCUGUGAUACCCUUAUGUCUCCAUCCAUGGAGCCCUGUGGUUCUGCCUACAAAAGUUUUGAUACCCUUGUGUCUGCAUUCAAGGAACCAAGUAGCUCUGGGUAUAAGAGCUUUGAUACCCUUAUGUCCCAGUCUAUGGCUAACAGUAGCCUAACUCUGUGUGCUGAAAAUGUGUGCUCCUCCCCACCUUUGACAGAGUUUUCAGAGACACCAGAACUUAGCUGCAGAGGUCAAAUUUAUCAACCCCCUAGGAAUCAGACGUGUUAUACCAACUACGGAUCUCCCUGCACUGAGCUUGAUUUUCAAAACACCUGUUCAGAACUUACUGACUUUCCAUCUUUCUCUACACAUGCAAGUGACAGUGCUUCAGCUUUCCUACCAGAGGAAGAAAAACAUAAGCAAGUAAUAUACCAAAAUGUUCAAAAGAAAGCCAGUAUAAUUCCUUGCCCCAUUGGACCUCCACCAUCUGGUUAUAAAUCUUUUGAUAAUGCAGUUAAAUGUAAUGGUACAUACUGUGACAAUGACAACGAGGUUCUCUCUAGGUCACUGAAUGAACCUUUCAGUCAUCUUUUGUACAACAACCUGAGAGAAAUGCCUCCAGAUACCAUCAUCUGUCAACCUGACCAGAGGACAGAUGACCAUCUGUGUUUGCCUGUACAGGGUUUUGAUGACAGCAUUGCUCCAGGUUUAGCCUCUAGUGAGGAUGUCACAAAGACCAGUGAUGGCAGUCUUUGGAUCAUCAGCUCUAGUGAAAGCAAGGAUGAAAAUAGCAGCAGAGACGAACAGUUGUUGCAUUUGCUAGAGCCGAACUGUCAAGAUUUUAACAGUAGAGAAGGAACUGUAAAGGGCACAAAACCUAACAGCUUUAACUGUACUGGUAAGGGAACGCAAGAGAGCAGCAGUAACAGACUGAACACUGACUUUCACUGCCACACACACAACCACUUACUGAAACUUGGAAAUGCAGGGGAAAAUAAAGAGGUGCUAAAGCAUGCAGUAGGGGGGCAGCGUGAUUCAGCAGCAAGCUUACCAGAAGAAUCACUGCACAGCACUGGGCUACACUUAGAAGAAAAAACUGCCGAGCCCCUGGAGUUUCUGGUCUCAGACACGUUGUCACCUGCUCUUUUUGUGGGUGACUCCUGUCCUCAUUCUCACACCAUUCACAGUGAGGGUUCCAGACUGGCACCCGCAGUUCAAAAAGGACCAGUAGAACUGUUGAGGGAAAAGAACAGGAAGAAUGAGAAAAAAAUGAAACUUGUACAAGCCCUUGCUCAGGAGGAAGACUGCUACAUGCAGGUGGCCUAGCCAUGCUUGCCAACACUGAACCAAACCAGCCUUUGGAAAUAAACUAUAUUGCAAAUUGAAA